AUGACUAAGCGGAAAUCGCGCAAAAGGAAGCGGAUCCAGCAAGGUGGUACUAUGGAAAGGCUCAUGGUGGUGGUGAUCAAGAACAAGCUCAACCAGCUCUACGGCGCUGUGGAAACUGUAGAGGGACUAGACACAACGCGCGAACGUGCAAAAAAGAUAUAG